AAAACUCACAAAACCACAAUUGAAAGAUGGCCAUGAACAAGCAAUCCUGGUCCCUUACCUUGCUCGUAGUGCUGUGCACCAUGGGGAUGGUGCAUCUGUGCCAUGCCCAGAACUCUCCCCAGGAUUAUCUCAACCCGCAUAACGCCGCACGGACACGACUUAACGUUGGACCCUUGACAUGGGACGACAACGUCGCCGCCUUUGCGCAGAACUAUGCGAACCAGAGGGCUAGAGAUUGCAAUCUCAUACACUCUGGGGGGCCUUACGGUGAGAACCUAUUCGGGGGUUCGGGUGCUGAUUUCUCAGCAGCAGACGCAGUGAACGCAUGGGUCAAUGAGAAGGCAGACUAUGACUACAACUCCAACACUUGUGCAGCCGGCAAGCAGUGCGGCCACUACACACAAGUCGUGUGGCGCAACUCGGUGCGGUUGGGUUGUGCCAAGGUCAGGUGCAACAAUGGAGGCAUCUUCAUAACCUGCAACUACAACCCUCCCGGCAACUUCAUCGGGCAGAAACCCUAUUGAUAUAUCAUUAGCUUUCGGUCGGAAAUAAAGCUUUUGAGCCGGUAUCCGUGCUCUAAGUUGUCCAUUAGGGUUCGACUUAGUGGUAGACUUGGAUCCUUGAAGUUAGUAUAGACCAUGCUCACCUAUUGUCUUUCAUGCUUGUAGUAUAAGUUGGAGUGACGAUGCCAUAUAAUAAAAGGGCAACCUUUUUAUAUU